AUGGUUGAUAAUGAACAAAGAAAGCAUAAUGAAGAGAAGGAUGAGGCCAUGGAAAAACUAAUGAUCCAACUUGAACUCUUGUCAAAGCAUGUUAUGGGUGCACCCGUAAAAGUAGUAAAUGUUGUAGCAUUAAUAUCUUAUAAAGAUAAUGAAGAAGCAAAGAAGUUGGAUGAGGAAAUUCGUGCUAUCAUAGAUAGUAAGGUUGCAGAAAAGAAAGAUGACCUCGGAGCAUUCACUAUUCUUUGUACAAUUGGGACACAUGAGUUUGCAAGAUCUCUAUGUGACCUUGGUGUGAGCAUCAACUUAAUGCCUUUUGUCAUCUACAAAAAGCUCAGAUUGGAUGCCCCUACAUUGAUCUCUAUGCGACUUUUAAUGGUGUACCGGUCUAUCAAAAUACCGGUGGGAAUUUUGAUUGAUGUCCUUUUUAAAGUGGUCAAGUUUAUACUUUUGGUGGACUUCAUGGUGUUGGAUUGUGAAAUGGACCAAAAGGUACCUGUCAUCCUUGGUCUCCCUUUAUUGUCCACCGAAAGAGCUAUUGUCGAUUUAGAGAUGGGGGAAAUAAAGUUUAGGGUGCAAGAAGAUGAGGUCUCUUUUAAAAUUUACAAGACAAAGAAGCAAACCAUGGAGCUUCAAGUGGUAUCCGUGGUGGAUAUUGAAAGUGAGAAGGUGAACGAGGAGGGACUUAAUGACCCACCUUGA